AUGGGGGUGAGGAGGUUAGUGCGGGUGAUGGGGGUGAGGAGGUUAGUGCGGGUGAUGGGGGUGAGGAGGUUAGUGCGGGUGAUGGGGGUGAGGAGGUGGUUAGUGCGGGGUGGGGGUGAGGAGGUUAGUGCGGGUGAUGGGGGUGAGGAGGUUAGUGCGGGUGAUGGGGGUGAGGAGGUUAGUGCGGGUGAUGGGGGUGAGGAGGUUAGUGCGGGUGAUGGGGGUGAGGAGGUUAGUGCGGGUGAUGGGGGUGAGGAGGUUAGUGCGGGUGAUGGGGGUGAGGAGGUUAGUGCGGGUGAUGGGGGUGAGGAGGUUAGUGCGGGUGAUGGGGGUGAGGAGGUUAGUGGGGUGAUGGGGGUGAGGGGUUAG